GGACAUCAUAGCAGCGAGUGGACAACGUCGCUACGUUGAGUAUGACGUCUUUAUGGAGGGUCCUUUGUUUGGCUACAGUAUUUCCCCGUACUACCGCUCGGGUGAUGCAGGAGAUUGGUUGAGAGGUAUUUACCGUAAAGGGUUUUCAACCUAUGACCGAGACCCGACCGGCUGUGUCAAGACACGUCACAGCGCCUGGUGGUACCCGGAUGACUGUGGCAACGUUUACCUCAACAGCCCUAAUGCAAGGGGCAAUGUUUGGGGUGACUACAGCAACCUGCAGUUCUCGGAGAUGAAGAUGAAGCCACGCGACUCAACACAUUGGUAUACACCGCAGCCCUGACGAUCUCACAGAUGAAGACGAAGCCAGACUAACACCACCUUGUCUCCUGCACCCACUGCUCACACCGCCAGUCCACUGUUCACUGUUCACUACAGGUUCCACUGAUGAUGUGAGCUCAGUGUACAUUAACCUCUCGCAAUAGUCUAGCAUCUGACCCUAGUGCAGACUACUUACUGUACUUUAAUUGUUUACUUUGAGUAUAUUGCCUGG